AUGAGCUAUACAAAGGACAUAUCAUAUCAGGCACCAAGCCAAACGGAAUUCCAAUUAUGUCUAGCGUUGAGAAUAUUCCGAGAACUUACAGAAUGUGUGCAAUAUUUGCACGAAAAGCAUAUCAUCCACAGAGACUUCAAACCGGAUAAUGUGUUGAUCGCUAUGAGACAUGAAGUGAACCAGACGAGAUAUCUCAAACUUUGUGACCUAGGUGUUUCGAAAGACCUGUACAAUUUAGACUCAUUUAAACCGUCAUCAGUUGAACAUACGGGUGAAGUCGGAUCACCCGACUAUAUGGCACCGGAAGCUGAGGGCGAGACAUACAACCAUAAGAUAGAUAUCUAUAGUCUGGCGCUAAUUGGGGCCGAAAUGUUUGGUUUCAAAAUGAGUGAUAUUAUGAAUGGAAAAAUCACACUGUAA